CACAUGACUGGGUCACAUGAUGUAGUUCUGUUUGCUUUGUUUGUUUCGCUUCGUUCGCUUACUUUUGUUGUUUACACGCGUUCCCCCACACUUCCUUCUUUCCCUCCUCAUGUUCGAUAUUCUAGUCUAGAUGCACCAAAUAAGACAUAUUUGAUCGGCUCUCACAUUAAGUUAGUAUAUCUACCUUCUUACUUACUAGACUUUGUUUUAUCCAGCGGCAUUAGAAAUCAUAUGAAUAGAACCCUGACCAAGCCUUUGAGACUUUUCUUGAGUGAUAUAUUGAUACUUUGGGUAGAAGAAAACUAAAUGCAGAAGGGCAGUUUUGCAAUUCAGGCCUGAUCAUCGAAUAUUUAUGUUUUCCUAUGUUCGUUGCGUUGACCAUAGAAUUCAAUGUAUAUAUAUAUAUGUAUGUAUAUAGAUAAUAAGAUACAAUAAUUUCUCUUUAUCGGAUAAUAGACGCUUUACAGGAUUUUGGAUAUGAAGUCUCAAACAUAACAAAACAAAUUAC